UUUGUUCUCAAUUUGUGGCUAAAUGGAUAAAAGAUCAAGCCUACGAAACAAGAGAGAAUGGCGUGAAUGGAAUACAUCCGUGUCAUUGUGUAUUUUUUGUAAUCUUGUUCUCCAUCUGAAAUUUAAAUAUAUGAAGAUCAUCCUAUUUGCUAGAAAGGUAAUUCGGAAAGUUAACACUUAUUCUUCCCAACCGGAUCUCCUUCCCGUCCCUUACAUGCCCACUCAUUUUGGCCCAAAUAUUCACAUCUCUCAUCUUGUCUAGCACUCCAAUGGUCGAACAAUCAUAAAAAAUCGUUUUCUUAUCAUGCUUGUAGAUGAAUAUUUGCAACAUAAACAUGCCAGUAUCUGUGCUUUUACCAUUUAAAUUAUACUAGUUCCAAUUCCGAAAGGAUCCCAUUAUAAUACUGCAAACGUUUUAAGCAUUUUUUAGCCUUUCUUUUUCCUAUUGCAAGCCUGGCAUUAUUUUAACGAUCGAUAUGUUGUUUCAUUAAUUUCAAUAAAAGGGCAUGUCAUGCGAAUGCAGACACCAGUACAAACAUCGUUUUGGCAGCCAUAUUUCGACAAAGCAUUUCUCGACAAAAGCCCCAUACAACAGAAAACACAGAAGAAUGCAAUUUACGUCAUAAAAAUACUCAAGAUACAUAUAGGUUAUUAUAAUAGCCACAUAUUACAAGUCUAAAAUUGUAAAAUUGCUUUUAUGCAAGAAGAGAAAAAAACUCUUUAGAAAUUACGAACUACUGAGGGAUAUUCGAUGUUUUAGUUGAAUGUAACCUAAGAUGGCGUCGUUUGUCAACGCGUUUAGUGAACGAACAUAAAACAUACAUUUUAGUAACGAAUAUAAAGCUUAUAAUGUAAUGACACAGAGGGCACUUUGGCAACCAAGGAGCUCAAGCAUCUCAGGCAAGAGAAAUAGAGCUUGAGCCAGUCGCUGUACAUUCACGGAACUCCAUCCUGUCUAUGCGGACGCGACUGUUGUUGGAACAGUUAGUGACCAGCAGAACUGUUACUCAAGCCAAACACUUUACACUAUACUGGCCCCCUCCUGUUUGGGUGGAAGUGGCAGUGGUUGGGAUAGUUAUCUAGUAAGCAGCAGAAAACUCCAGUCAGACACUGGACAUGUACUGACAUCCAAACUGUCUAGGUGAAAGUGACUGUGUUGGAAUAGUUGUCUAGUAGGCUACAUAAAUAUAAUUCUCAGCUAGACAUGUACUUACCUCCCUCUUGUUGAGAUAAAAGUGAUUGUGGUUGAAACAGUUGUAUAAUGAGCAGUGGGACUGUAACUCAAUCCAAACACUUGACCCUAUACUUACCAACCUUCUGUUAAAGUGGAAGUAACAGUGCCUGGAAUAGUUGUCAAGUCAAGAAUUACAAGCCGCAAGGUCGCAAAGUCGGGUCAGCAAGUGCAGUAAAAUGACCCCGAUUUCGGAGCUGACCAACUCCCAGCCCACAGACCUACAGGGACUGUCAGAGGAGCUGGAAACUGUCAUGGGGGGAAUCAAAAGCCUACAGAUAAAUCAGGAGGCCAGUGUUCAGUCAUUGCAGAGAACAUACAAGGAACAUGGGGCAGUCAUGAUAGAACAAUUGCAUGGCAAUUUAAAUACUAAUAUAGAUAAGUGUUGUAAUAGUUCUGUGGGUACAUCAAACAAAAAUUUAAAAGAAGAAAUGUGUUGGAGUGUUCUUUCUAUCUUGAAUGAAUUUGAUAAUAUAACUGUGAAGGAACUAAAUAAGAUGAAAGAUGAAGUUAUAAGCAUAAAAGGGUCAAUUACAAGUUCUAUUCAUAAAUGCACCAGUCUUCACAAUGACUUGUUGCAAUUACUUGAAAUCGUUCAGAAAAUUGGAGAUAAUAAGGAGCUCUGCCUUAUAGCCAGCAUAAAAUGUAAGCAUAUAAUACAGCAGGCAUUGACUCUGCUUGGAAAGUCAGGCAAGGUGUUUAAGGUCCAGGGGAAGUCUGAGUACAAUGUGAGAAUACCAAGUGAUUCAGUUACAUGUGAUAUCUCAGGCAUAUGUGUUCUUCCAGAUGGAAAGGUCCUGGUUGUAGACUGGACAAAUAAGAAUGUCAAGCUGCUGAACCAGCAGUACCAGGUGGUGAGUCACUUGGAUGUGAAUGCUUGGCCAUUUGACAUUUGUUUGAUCGCACCGAGUGAGGUUGCUGUGACUGUGAAUGCUAGCAACAUACAUGAGGUCCAGUUUAUUACUGUCAACCAGGGAAAGCUUGUUCCUGGCAGGAAGUUUCAGUUACAACAUGAAUGUAGAGGUAUUGCCCAUCAAAAUGGAGACCUUUUUGUCACCUCUGGUAAAGAACUGUGCAAAUACACGCUGAAUGGCAAACUGAUCUGCAGACUCUAUGAAGCUUUGGGUAAGAAUCAUGACCCAGCACUAGGUGUCCCAACUGGUCUACAUGUGACCCCUGCAGGCCAGGUGCUGGUCUGUGGACACUUGUCCCACACUGUACUACAGUGGCUGCUGAGUCUGGACAAUGAUGCUAAGGAUGUGGUGGACAAGGAUGACCUGACUACGCAGAAGCAACUGCUAAGCACAGAAGACAAAGGAGUAGUGAAAGGCUCAGUCAAAUCAAAGUCCAGCGAUGUGAGGGUGACACAACCUUUACAUGUCCUCGUAUUGCAACAUGAAGGACAUUGUAGCUGA